AUGGAAAAUUCUCGACGCUUAUCAUCAUUAAAUAUGUCUAUUUACAUUCUCUUUUGUAUUAUUCUUUUGCCAAAAUAUAUUCAAUGUUACCUAACAACCGUGAUCUCUUAUGAAUAUUAUUCAUCCGACUCAAAUUUUUUGAAUAAAACUGAAGAUACUCAAACUAAUGGUUUUGUAUCGACAAGAGGUGGUCAAAGUGCUGUUCUUAAUGGCAAAGCAUUUAUAUUGAUAGAUUCAAGCGGUGUUUCGGAUGGAUGCCGACAAUCGACGAAUUCUCUAAAUGUUUCAAAUGGUGUUGCUAUUAUUCAACGGGGUGGAAACUGUACGUUUAGUGUUAAAAUAACACGUGCUAAGCAAUAUGGAGCAACAGCUGUUAUUAUUUAUGAUCCGUUUAACGCUGGCUCAGAAUUAUAUAAUAUGCAACAGAAUAAUUCCGAUAUAUUAGCUGUCUAUGUUCAAAGAUCAGUUGGUGCAUUUCUAUUUAAUAUAACUAAAAACAAUCGUACACAACUAAAUAUCACAUUACAACCAAUCGCAAUGCAAUUUGAUAACUAUAAUGAUAAUGAUAAUAAUAUUUGGUUUGGUUCACAAUCAGCAACAAUAUUUAUCGCCAUAUCAAUAUGCAUACUUAUAUCCUUAUGUAUAUCGUGGCUUAUAUUUUACUACUGUCAACGACAUCGUGCACGUACAGCUAAAGAUCGUCUACAAAGUCGAUUAUCCAAUGCAGCUAAAAAGGCUCUCACAAAAAUUCCAUUAGUUAAUGUUAAUGAAAAUCCUCCAACAGAAGAAUCAUGUGUUAUAUGUUUAGACACAAUUAAAACUGGUGAUACAAUACGAAAAUUAGUUUGUGGUCAUACUUUUCAUCAUCAUUGCGUUGAUCCUUGGUUACUUAAUCAUCGUCAUUGCCCAUUAUGCAAUCUUGAUAUACUAGCGGCAUACCGUGUAACAGUACCAGCAACAAUAAAUCGUCGGCGUCACUCCAGUGUACAUAAUAUUAAUAAUAAUCCGUCGAUGUUUUCACUUGCCACAACAUCAGCAUCACGUGUUAAUGAACAAUCGACACCUGCUAAUUUACCAACAAUAUCAGCAACAAUAAAAGAUGAUUCUUCUGAUGUUCGUAUUCAUGGUGAACAGAAUCCAACAUUUAGAUCAGAUGAAAAUUCUUUAUAA